GAUAUGGCAAGAGAGAAAAUUCACAUCAACCUCGUCAUCAUCGGUCAUGUGGACAGCGGCAAGUCGACCACCACGGGCCACCUCGUCUAUAAGUGUGGUGGAGUUGACCCAAGAACCCUCGAGAAGUACGAGAAGGCUGCGUCGCAGAUGGGCAAGAGUUCCUUCAAGUAUGCAUGGAUUCUUGACAAACUCAAAGCGGAAAGGGAGCGUGGCAUAACAAUCGACAUUUCCUUGCUAAAAUUCAACACUCAGAAGUACGUAAUAACGAUAAUCGAUGCACCAGGGCACCGUGACUUCAUUAAGAACAUGAUCACGGGAACGUCACAGGCCGAUGCUGCUCUCCUGGUUGUAUCUGCAGCGAAGGGGGAGUUUGAGGCUGGUAUAUCUCGCAGUGGGCAGACGAGGGAGCAUGCCUUGCUAGCUUACACCCUUGGGGUUAAGCAGCUUGUUGUGUGCGUCAACAAAAUGGACCUGACAGAACCACCUUUCAGCCAAAACCGGUUUGAGGAGGUAAUGAAGAAUGUUACGGUCUUUAUCAAGAAGAUUGGUUAUGACCAAACCUCAGUGCCUUUUGUUCCUGUGUCUGGUUGGGGAGGCGAGAACAUGCUUGCACCGUCACAGAAGAUGUCUUGGUUCAAAGGAUGGAAAAUCAAAAGGAAGGAUGGCUUUUCAAGUGGCAAGACACUGUUGGAGGUGCUGGACUCUCUCUACCCUCCAGUGCGCACUGCUAACAAACCCCUUCGUCUACCCCUGCAGGAUGUCUACAAAAUUGGUGGAGUUGGGACUGUUCCUGUGGGCAAGAUAGAAACUGGGAUCCUGAAGCCUGGAAUGAUUCUGACCUUCUCACCAGCAAAGCUGACUGCAGAGGUCAAAUCAAUUGAGAUGCAUCACCAGGGGCUUCAGACAGCCCUGCCGGGCCACAAUGUAGGCUUCAAUAUAAAAAAUGUGGCUGUGAAGAACCUUAGGCGCGGAGAUGUUGCUGGAAAUGCCCAACAGGACCCACCAUCUGAUGUUAGUAGCUUUACUGCUCAGGUAAUAAUUCUGAAUCACCCUGGCAAAAUCAAGAGUGGCUACUCGCCUGUGCUGGACUGCCAUACCACCCACGUGACAUGCCGCUUUGCGGAGCUGCAGGAGAAACUUGACCGUCGUACAGGGAAGAAGCUGGAAGACCUGCCCCAGUAUCUGGUGUCAGGAGAUGCUGCCACAGUGAAACUCGUCCCCAUCAAACCCCUGUGUGUGGAGAGUUUCUUCAACUAUCCUCCUUUAGGGCGGUUUAGUGCAAGGGACCUGAAGCAGACAGUUGCUGUGGGGGUGAUCAAAUCGGUGGAAAAGGUGGAGCAGACCAAGAAAACUAUGCAGAAAGCUCAAGUAUCAAAAUGAGUUGAUCAUUUAACCCUUUUAUGGUGUUGCUUUUGUUUACCAGCAGUCUGCUAUGUGAACCUUAAAUCUGUUUGGUUUAGUUU